GAGUCAAUGACGUCACUAGCUGAGGACGGUGCGUCAACUCGAUUCGAGUCGAACUAGAAAAGCAAAAUAGUGAACUUACGAAACUAUUUCACUCAUAUUUGAGGCUUUUCAGUAGGAAAGAUGAGUUCAGCAGGGAAGGUAGGGGAGAUUUUCUCGGCGGCUGGUUCAGCGUUCACUCAGCUUGGUGAACUGACGAUGCAGUUGUAUCCUACUAGCGAUCAAACCCCUGUCAGUGGCAAGUGGACAGAUGAGGAGGUUGAGAUGCUGAAGAAUGCUAUCAAACAGUUUGGGGAUGACCUUCACAAGAUCAGUGAAACCAUCAAGACAAGAACUGUAUCUCAGAUCAGGGCAGCCAUUAAGAGGAAAUCCCUUGAUGCCAACACGAGGAAGGAGAGAGUGGACAGGGGUCACGUAGAGCCGUCUACCGGCCUCACAUUGAUGGCCAGCCAUGCUCCAGCACGCUCCUCGCCGACUACACCACCUGCUAAGAGGAUAAAACAUGAAUCAUCCGAGCCUGGGAACGAUUCCCUGGUUGACAUUGAAGGUCUUGAAGAUGGUUCCUCGAUAUCACCGUCGAAGAGAUUGGAAUAUGAAGGAAUAGAGCCUGCCGCAGGAAUUGAGAUCAAAGUGGAAUGCGAAGCCAUGUCAGAGUCAGAAGCGGAUAACUUACAACGAUGAGGAAUUAGCUUGGUAGGUUUCCAUGGUUGCGAUACACCACAACACAGGUCUCCAUGGCUACGAUACACAGUCAUCCUACAAUGGCAUGAAAACAUCUGUACAGAUAAUGAUGCCAACAUUUCUAUUUUAUUUAUGACAUGCUGGACAGUUCAACUGCAAAGUGACGUCAGUAAUUUUUUACCCUGUGCUCUUCUUGAAAUUGCUCUGUGCAAUGUUUUAAUGACCGCCUGAGCUGAGGAACAAUCGCUGAGCUGUCAACUGUAUUUUUUAACUCAAACGCAGAGACGCCAACAUAUUCAAAGUCUUGGCGUCUCCACCUUUGGCCUAUGAUAGUCCUUUCUGUUACCAGUAUCCCCCAUCGAAAAUUUUCAAGACAAACUAUUUGUAGCAACUACUGGUAGUUUUUAUUUUCAGUGAAUUGGGUUUCUGAUUAGAUGUGUACCGAUAUAUAUGUACAGUUUAUAUUGCUCUGGAAGGUAGUAUUACUAUUAUGUAAUUAAUCUUUUAUCUUCUCCAGGGGUGUGAGAGUUAAGAUUUUUAUCUGAUUUCAGAUUUUUUUUUUUUUUAUUUUCAGCUUAAUUUCAGCUUAUUUUUGGCCUUCCUCUGUACAAAAAGUAUGGGAGCUCUUUCUAUUUCAGACUUUUUCAACAGAUCUUUUUAUUUGUGACCACUCACACCCCUGCUUCUCUCAGAACUUGUAAUUUGAGAAUUUUCUUCACGCCCCUGCAUAACGAAGAUUGAAAGGGGUAUGUUGGGGUCGAUGUAAGGUUGGGUAGUUGGGUGCAGACCUUGCAGAUUGAAUCACUUCCUCAGUUUUUAUACGCCCGUCCUAGAUGGGACGUAUUAUGGUAUCACGCUCGGUGUCCGUCUGUCUUUCCUUCCGUCCGUUAACUUUUCUUUGUAAAUGCAAUAACUUCAGUUUGACUUAAGCUAGGCUCAUAUAAUUUGGUGUGUAUGAUACUAGCAUGGAUCCCAAGAAAGCCUAUUGAUUUUGAGGUCAAAAGGUCACAUGUGACAUUAGACAGCUGGCAGCCGUCUGUUUCGAGGAGUUUUUUAACAUUUUUUUUUUUUUUUCUCCUCGUACACAGACGGCUCGCUAUCGUGCAGCCACCAUUAGGGGGUUAACAAUGCAAAAUCCCCCUGACGGGGCUCAUUGAUUUUUGUCUUUAUUUCAUAAAAAUAUAUAAAAA